AAAAACUUUCUCACGGAGAAAAGCACACCACUCGUGUAACGCAUUUCCAUUCGCGUGUCCGCCCGCAACAACGUCGCGUCGUCCCUCUGUUAGCCGUGUCAGUAGUACACCACCCGGCAUCGUAGUCGCGUUUCCGACUCCCGUUUUCUUCCUUUUUUUUUUUUUUUCACCGCAUUAUCAUAAAUAUUGUUAUUGUUUCAUAUCGAGAAAAAAUACAAUAUUACAGUGACACAACAACAGCAGAACGUAAAUACUGUUAUUUCAGCCCACGAAAACUCAUAAUCUAUGAACAUUUCGGAAUCGCGCUGUACCUGCACCGCGAUCGGGUUGUAUUCGUAUUUUACACCUUUAACUCGGCGUUUCGUUUUCUCGGUAGACAAGUCGUCGAAUCCUGUGGAUUCGGUGAACCGUAACCUGCAGAUACCGCAGUACGUACACUGAUACCGGGGUAUUCACCUUGGCCGAUAUCGUGUAGGCGUGAAGGGCUCGGGUCCGCACGUUGUAUCAGCCGUCGCCGCGAGUGUACACGUCCACCGAAAUCAUUCGCGGCACACCUAUAUAAUAUACAACCACAAAUUUUAAAUCAACGAUCUAAGUGUACGACCAUACACUGCCACCAUGUUCUUCGUCGACCUCGUGAAGAACUUCGUCUGGUAUUUUGUCAAAUCAGUUGAAAUUCAUAGGUGUAUUGUGUAAUGGGAAAAUGAUGCUUGGAGGAUGGGGUCGAAGUCCUGGGAGCAGUGGGUCCGUUCCACCGUCAGGACAACGUACUGGUCAUCGACUAUUGCCACUGCCAUUCAACAGAACUGGAGGUGGCAGUGGAAGCGGCGGAAGCGGUGGUCGAGCCGCUGAAGCUGAAGAUGUAAUGGGUCAUUAUGGACGUAACAAGGGUGGUGUAAACAAAAUACGAACUGGCCUAUAUUAUUCCCCCCCAGGAACAUCUUAUACGAUACUCGAAAAACCUCCAGCUGCAUCACCUCCACCUCCACCACCUAGAGCAACAUAUCUAAGGGAGUCAUCAGCUGGUGUAUCUGGACCAAAUCAUUCAGGCACUGGUAGCAUGCCCCAGGCACAUAAUAAUCGCUCUAAUAAUGCUGGCUCACGCGGAAGUUCUGGAAAAAAGAGGCCUAUUUCACCAGAACAAGUUCUUAAAAUGUUUACAGCGCCUAAUUACAAUGCGUCUUCUUCUUAUCAUGUGUCUAAUACUAAGCCGCAAUCACCACCACCACAUGGAUCAAAUACUUCGCAAUCACAUAACACAUCAUCGACAAUACACAAUGAUAAUCUUACAGUACGUACGAUAUCUAUGUCGAGACCUAAUGUAACUUCAGGAAGUCCGUCCAGUCAAGGUUUUGGUAUUUGUGUUAAAGGUGGCGCAGAUGAGUCAAAUGUUGGAGUGUAUAUUUCGCGAGUAGAAGAAGGAAGUAUAGCAGAGAGCGUUGGUCUUAAACCAGGAGAUUCAAUUUUGGAAGUAAACGGGAGGCCAUUUUCAAGUAUUUCACAUGAAGAAGCUUUAAAAAUUUUUAAGACUUACCGACAAAUUACCAUGACGGUAAAAUGUCCAUCGCCACCUCAAUCGAUGUCUACCAUGCACAAAAAAGAUGAUAAUGAGAACACUAACCAAGAUGAAGCGUGGGGAUUGAGCAGGACGUAUUCAUGGAUAAAUCGUAAGGGCCAACCAGUCUCCCCACCUUUAGAAUAUGCUAAACCAAUUUCCCCUUAUUCAAAAUGGUCCUAUACUCGUUCAUCUAAAGACAAAAUAAGAAAAGUGGAAUUGGUGAUUGAACCGGGGCAAAGUCUUGGUUUAAUGAUUAGAGGAGGAACCGAGUAUAAUUUAGGUAUUUUUAUCACUGGUAUUGAUAAAGAUUCUGUUGCCGAUAGAUCAGGACUAAUGAUUGGUGAUCAAAUUUUGGAAGUAAAUGGUCAAUCGUUUUUAAAUUUAUCACACGAUGAAGCAGUAAAUCAAUUAAAAUUUCAAAAACAAAUGACCCUAACUGUUAGAGAUGUUGGGAAAGUUCCUCAUUCUUGCACAACGUACAAUCCAGAUACUUGGAAUCAUUCUAUUGACAAUGCUGACGGUGCUUUGAAAUUAGGGACUUCAGCUGCAUCUCAAAUGGUAGAGGAAAAAGCUCGAAUUUUGCUGACGAAAAAUGAAUUUAAUACUUUGCGGUAUUAUUUGGAUGAGUAUUCGUGUUCUCGAAUGUCUAUUGACGCAUUUAUUACUAUACUUUUUGAAUUGCUCAAUACAACUGAUAAGUUUACGCUGUUGACGGAAUUGCGCGAACUUAUAGGUCCCUCAGAUCGAGACCGAUUUGAUCAGUUGGUUUAUAGAAGAGGACGGGAAUCCAGAAAAACGCACUCCCGAAAACUCGAUGGUUUUAAUUCAAAUAUAGCCGGAGGACAAAGUAAAGGAUUCGAUUUUCCUAAUGAGAAUUCUGGGAUGGAUAUUGGGACUAUUGAUUAUUCAGAUUCAAAUUAUAGGACUAGUACUGAUAGAAAAUCAGAGGGAAAACAUUCUCCGAUGAAAACCAAUGAACAAUCCCAUAGAGACAUGGAAGUUGAAGAAUUCGAAUAUAGCCAUCAAGAUUAUGGUGAUUUGGAAACUGAGCUUUUACCAAGAAAAUAUCAUAACGAGUUGAUUGAUGUUGGUUAUACACAUCGAAAUUCAGGCAUUUAUGAUGAAUCUAAUAUGACUAGGUCUUCGCAAUUAUCAAAUAAACAUGGGCGAUCAUAUGAUGGUAAAAAUGAAUUGCUGGACGAGGAUGGAAGUUAUCGAAGAGAAAGUGGUUUUAUAGAAUCAUCAUGUUCAAACGUACAAAAUGAAUCUCAGAUAAUGUUGGAUCAACAAGGCAAUCUUCGUAUAAUUGUUAAGAAAAUUAAACCAUUACUUGGAAUCGCAAUUGAAGGUGGAAUUAAUACGAAACAUCUUUUACCAAGAAUAAUAAAUAUACAUGAAAAUGGUGCUGCAUAUGAAGCUGGAGGUCUUGAAGUUGGACAGUUAAUUUUAGAAGUAGAUGGACAAAAAGUAGAAGGAAUGCCACAUCAAGAAGUAGCUAGACUUAUAGCAGAAUCUUUUGCACAAACCGAUAAAUCAGAAAUUGAGUUCCUAGUAGUGGAAGCGAAAAAAUCAAAUUUGGAACCAAAACCUACUGCGCUCAUAUUUUUGGAAAAUUAACCGCUUGAUUAAACAGUAUUGUUUAAUUGCUGUUUAACACUAAAGUUCGAAAAUGUUGCAAACUAGUUGGAAAUUACAAAACGUUUGUCUAAGUAAAUUUAUUUCUUUAAACAUUUUUAUUAUACUAUUACACGACUGACGUGUUAUUAUCAAUUCGAUUUCUAACAUAAUGUUUCGCAUUUAAAUAUUUUCUUUCCUACAUUUUCUUUAAUCAUUUAUUUUUUAUCAAUCUCGUUAUCAAAGUUUAA